AUGGCCGAGAAGCUCGCGCAGCCUGCGGUGACAGAGAAGCCCGAGCCACACAUCUCCGAGAAGGAUGCAGACGUGACUUUCCAUCUUGUGAAGGAGUAUGGAGAGUCGGCUGGUCUCACCCUAGAUCAAGGUGGUGUACGCAGACUUAAGCGCAAGCUGUACUACGGCCUUGUACCGCUCUUGUUGGUGAUCAAUUUGAUGCUUUUCAUCGAUAAGGCGACCUUGGCUUAUGCUUCGAUCUUGGGUCUGUUCCAGGAGACUGGCAUUGGCAAUGGACAGUAUAACAACCUCAACACGCUCUUCUACGCUGGCUAUAUCAUCGGCCAGGUGCCGGGCCAUUACCUUAUUCAACGAGUGCCUCUCGGCCGCUUCAUGGGGGUGACCAUCUUCCUCUGGUCCGCCAUCGUCUUCCUCCACUGCACGGCAGGAAGCUACGGCGCCUUGAUCGCCCUGAGGUUCUUCUUGGGCUUUGUCGAGUCAGUGGUGGUUCCCGCGAUUGAAAUCACCAUGGGCAUGUUUUUCGUCCCGCACGUCCAGGGCCUCCUUCAACCGCUGUUCUGGAUCUCGUGCAUGGGCGCACCCAUCCCAGCUGGUUUCAUUGCUUAUGGCCUCUUGUUCAGCCACAGCUCCGUGCUACCCUGGAAACUCUUCAUGGUCGUCACGGGAGGUCUGACAUUCUUUCUUUCGAUCCUGGUCUUCUUCAUCUAUCCCAACAACCCGGGUGAAGCAACGUUCCUAAACCUGCAGGAGAGACUGUACCUGGUCAAGGAGAUUCACGACGCGACAACCAGUUCCAUCGAGUACAAGAAAGUGAAAAAGAGCCAGCUGUGCGAGGCCAUUCGAGAUCCCAUCUCGUGGCUCUUCGGAUUCCAGGCCUUUACGCUGAUGAUCUCCAACAAUAUUGCAUACCAGCAGAACCUCCUCUUCGUCCAGAUCGGUGUCUCCGACCUCGGCUCCACCCUUGUCAGCACCGCAGGCGGUGGCUUCGCCGUCGCCUGUUGCAUAGUCGCCACAAUCCUGCUGCACUACGUCCCAUGGCGCAAGGCCUACUGGGGAACCAUCUGGUGCCUUCCCGCAAUUGCAGGCGGCAUCGGCAUGGUGGCGAUUCAAUGGGGCAAGACAAUCUCCCUGCUGGCGUGCUUGAUCCUCGCCGGCAAUACCUAUGGCAUCACCUACAUCAUUGCCUUGGGGUGGACCACGUCGACCGCCGCCGGAUACACGAAGAAACUCGCCCGCAAUGUUUUCUUCAUGGCUGGCUAUGGCAUUGCCAACUUGAUCUCUCCCCAGAUCUGGGUCCCAUCAGCCGCUCCCCGCUAUUACUCGGCGUGGAUCGUCCAGAUCGUCAUCAGCUGGGUGGGCACCCCGGCCAUACUCUUGGUGAUCGACUGGAUCCUCUCGCGUCGGAACAAGGAGCGCCGCGCGUGGAUCGCAGAGCAACAAGCUGCCGGGAAGACCAGGACGGGUGUCAUCGAGCAGAUUGACGCCGAGGGAAAUAGGACUGAAGUCGAGGUGGACAUUUCUCUGCUGGACUUGACGGAUCUGGAGAACAAGUAUUUCAUCUACCCUCUCUAG